AUGGCUGAAGGCUUCGCUUACGUGACAGGUGGUGCGUCCGGGAUUGGCAGAGAGGUGGUUCGCAUGCUGGUGAGAAACAACAUCAAGGUCUUUAUCACCGACCGAAACCUCGAAGGUGCCCAAGAGCUGGUCGACGAGCUCAACAAGGGCAAGGACAAGGAUUCUCCAGUUGCACGAUGUGCUUACGUUGACGUCGCCGACUGGAACUCGCAGGCCAACGCGUUCAGCCAGGCCGUGGCCGACUUUGGCCGCAUCGAUUAUGUCUACCCGAUAGCCGGGAUCGGCGAGCGGCGUUGGAUCCCCAUUGAUCCGCCUGCUUCGGGCUUCGAGGCGCCCGACCUGACCGUCCUUAACGUCGAUCUGACGGGAGUCUUGUAUACAGUAGCAUUGGCUGUGCAGCAGUUCCGGAGGCAAGAGCCUGGGAAAUAUGGGUUCAGGGGCAAAAUCGGUUGCGUUGCGAGCGUCUGUGGCAUAUACUGUGUGCCGACCCUACCGAUCUAUACGGCAUCGAAACACGCCGUCACAGGCCUCGUCCAGGGCUAUGGGAGGUAUCUACCGGAAGAAAAGAUCACAUGCAACGCCGUCUGUCCGAACGUGGUCCGCACCAACAUCACCACCGGCGCGUUCUACGACAACCUGGACAAAGAGAAGCUCUUGACCCCGAUCCACGGCGUCGUCGACGUAUUCGAGAACCUGCUCGGUCCGGCCGAUACCUCGGGAGAAUGCUUCGAAGUCGGUCCCAACUACGACACCCAAGGAGCCGUCCCGAGAAAGCUGGCGGAGCCGCUGGACAGGGAGACCGACAAAGUCCUUGACGCCCUGUACCAGCGAGCUCGGGUACAUCAUCAGCAUUAG